AUGGCUGAGGAACAACCCGACUAUGUUGGCAUCACAAGCCGAGGAAGACCGAAGCUGGUUAAAUUCGGCUAUGGAUACGUGCAGGACAAGCGAGGUCGAGACGAGAUUGUCUACUGGAAAUGCGAGAGCUGCGACGAGUUUGCAUGUAACGGACGAUUGAGGACAGACGCCGGAUUGAUAGUAGCUUAUGUUGGGAGCCACAAUCACGCUCCAGAUGCAACCAGAGCUGAGGUUGUGAAGGCGCUCACGGACGUGAAGGAGAAAGCCAAAUCCUCCCAAGACUCCAGUCACCACAUUGUGACGUCUGCAACCAACGCUGUAUCGCAGGAAGCCGUGGUACAACUCCCAUCGGGCAACGCAUUGAAACGCAAAGUUCAAAGGACACGAGUAACUGCUGGAAAUGUUCCCCCGACACCAGCGUCGCUACUGGAUUUACAGCUGCCUGACCGUUACCUUAGAGCGCACACCGGCGAUGACUUCGUGCUGCAUGACGCUGAGCCAGAGGCCGGCCAAUUGAGAUGCAUUGUCUUCGCCAGUGCCGAUAGCAUGAGUAUGCUUCGAGACGCCAAGUCGUUUCAUAUGGAUGGAACGUUCAAAUGUGUGCCACUACUGUUCUCGCAGCUGUAUACAAUUUUGGCAAGGAAUGGUGAAGAAGUUCUUCCCGCUGCCUAUUGUCUGCUGCCAAAUAAGACGUCAGCCAUGUAUGAAAGGAUAUUCCAAGCCCUACUUAACCACACCCCAGGUCUCCAGCCCGAUGCCAUACAUUGUGACUUUGAGAUUGGGGCGAUAAACGCUGCAAAGACCAAGUUCCCUGAUGCCAAUGUACGAGGAUGCUUCUUCCACCUGAGCCAAAAUGUGUAUAAACGGAUUCAAACAGCCGGCUUACAGGAGCGGUACGGCAAUGAUGUGGCGUUUGCCUUACGGAUUCGAAUGCUGACAGCCUUAGCGUUUGUCCGAGAAGCCGACGUUCCAGAUUCUGGAGGACAAAUUUCCCGAAGAAGCUGA